CGCAUAACUUGCUCCAGGGCCAUACACACCCCAAUGGUGUUAGACCUUGUCUAAUCCGUCUAGGCAGCCUUCCGACAAUGGUGCACAAUAAACAAGAAACUUCUCCAACGUGAUGGAUUCAGCCGUUGCUGGGACAAAUGACCCGGCGUGGCACGGGAACUUUUGGAAUAGACCGCCCUUUGCACUAUGCUGUUAUCUCAAAAAUUGAUAGCAUCCUUGGCUAUGCGAUAUAUAAACUAGUUGCGUGCAGCAACCGCGGUGCUUAGUUUUCAUAUCACACGUCAGCGACAAUGCCUUUGAAAUUAUUAUGCCUUCACGGCUGGGGGACGAACGUCAAGAUUCUCCGGUCUCAGCUGAGCGGUCUGAUGGCCAAUUUGCGCCACGACCACACGGCGACAUUCCACUUUCUCGAGGGCGACAUAGACUCGGUCCCGGGCCCCGGCAUCGCAGGCUUCUACGAUGGUCCCUACUACAGUUACCACCAGUUCCCUCGACCGUUGAGCAGUCCAGACCCCGAGGGGGCAUCCAUACUAGAUGCAUAUGAUCGGCUAUACGAGGCGAUCGACGAGGAAGGGCCCUUUGACGGCGUCCUGGGCUUUUCACAUGGUGGGACAUUGGCGGCCAGCUUUCUCAUCCACCAUGCCAAGUUGUACCCCAAGGAAUCACCACUGUUUCGUUGCGCCAUUUUUAUCAAUGCUUUGGCGCCAUUUCGCAUGGAUCCCGGCACCAAUCCUGUCAUUGACCCGGAUGUCGAAGGGUACAUCAACAUCCCCACUGUCCACAUCGGUGGCGCCCAAGACCCGUGGCUCGAGUAUUCGCUCGCCUUACAUCGCUUGUGUGAUCCAUCCCGAUCGUCGUGGGUCGUUCACAGCCGUGGGCAUGACAUCCCGGGGGACAAGAAGAAUUUGUCAGCUAUAGCAAGCGCCGUACGCAAGUUAUCUGUACAGGCCUUGACAAUAUGGUGAUGCACGCGUCACGUUAU